AUGGGGCGGAGCAGCGGAGGUCUUGCGGAUCAAAUCGACAGCUCGAGCUUGCAGGGGCUGGGGGCAGAUCCGGAGGCAGGGGUCGCCGGUGACGACGAGGAAGGCGGAGCAUGGGAGGAUCCAUGGCAUCCGCGGCUCCUGGGCACAAAGGAGACAGGGAGGCCAGGGAGAGAAGAAGGAAGAAAGGAGGGGUUGUGUGGCGACCUAGCGAGGAGCUCGCCGGAGCUGGGCGAAGGCGGAUUGGCGCGGGAGACGGAGGGGUCCGGCGCGGCGGCGCGAAGUCCUUGCAGGUGGAGGCAGGCGUCGAAGCAGAGGACGAGAGGAUCCCCUGAUCCAUCCCCUCCUACCCAUCCAGCCCUUCCUCGAUGGCCCGCGUGCGACGAACCCCUACGCGGGGUAAGAAGGGGGAUCACGCGAGGUGGAGCACUCCAGCCCCCUCCUAGCCCUACCACGCUAGCUACUGGUGUCUCAAAGAUUAAGCGCACGUUGGUACUUAUGGUCAGGCCUGCCUCAAGUAGGGGAAGAAGAGGAGGCCUGAAAGAGAGAGGCCGCAAGGAUUGGAUCACGGAUGUAUGUUGGCUAUGUCUCUCACGAAAUUUGUUGAAGCUAAAGAUGAAGAGGAACUCGUGGAAGAGGAAAAGAAAUGACAUGGUAGAAAUUCAUUCACACAUAUCAGGGUCAUAGUGAGAGGAUUGAUCUGCUUGAUUCGCUCCUGAUGGUCGGUGGAUUGUUUCUGGUAGGGCUAAGAGUUCUGUGAAGGUAAGAUUUUGAUCCAACCUAUUAAGCAGUACCACACAAAUUAUAGGAGAAUCUGUUGUUUGGUCCAACCUAUAAAGGUGCCAUAUAUGCUCAAUUGCUCACAACAGUGCUAAUAUUAACAAGGUGCAUAAACUCACGCUCUAGCGGAAGAUAUCCUUUAUAUUUUUGGGGUCACUGAUACCUGUUCAAAAACAUAAGAUGUGUUCCUAGAUAACAUCUUUCCUCCAAAAUAAUUUAUAUAUCAUCUAGACUUGGUUAGUUGUAACUUUUGCUUUCUGUUCUUUCCACAAGCUUCUGUAGGUUCAAAUGACAAUUGUUAAAUUUUGGGACCUUAAGACUUUUUAGUUGAUUGCAUCCUCCAGACCGGGAGGUAUAAUAGCAUAUCCUAAUUGUCUAAUUGAUGAUUCAGAAAGCUCUGGCUCUACUCAUGUAUAUCAGUUUAUAUUCAGAUUGUGAAGUACUCCUUCUAUAAAGAAAUAUAAGAGAGUUUAGUUCUAUAAAACAUAUUUAUAUGCAGUUAUC